AACCGAACCACGUGGUCCGGAUAGGAGAGGCGGCUGCUAGGUUGCAGACACGUUGGUCGGACUUGAUACACUUGAGUACCAGAGUUUUCGGAAUUAUUAGAACACGAUAUUUAAUUUAGCUUUGCAACCGCGGGCUAGCCGAGGGGGUAGGUGGGAGCGACCGGCCGACGGCCUGUAUAGGUCCGGUAUACGGUUCGCUUUCGUAUACUCUCUUUGCUGGCUAUGGCGGGGGCUCAGGGGGAAAGUAGUUGGAGUAUGGAGGAGUUUGAGGAAGAGGAGGAAGGGAGUGGUAGUUGGGAGGUAAGGACAGUGAACAGGGGAACUAAGAGGCUUAGAGGAGUAGAGGCAGAGCAGGCGAUGGAGGAAAAAUGGAAAGUUGUGGUGAGGUUUGAUGGGGAGGGGGUGAAGAAUAUAGAUCCAAUAAAGCUAACGAAGAUUAUUAAAAAUCAGGUAGGGGAUGUGAAGUUUGCUAGAGUCUUUAGUGAUGGUAAUUUAUUAAUAGGAUGUGUGUCGGAAGAACAGGUUGCAAGGGCUCAAAAGCUGCAAAGUAUGGGAAAAGUGGUGGUGACGAAGGUGGUGAGAGUGGGGGAGCAGGGAAGUAGGGGAGUCAUCUAUGGGAUUCCCUUGUCUGUUGAUAUGAAGGAGCUGGUGAAAAACUUAAAGGAGAAGUGUGAUGAAGUUCAGAGUGCAAAGCGGUUGACUAAGGGAGUGGAGAAAAAGGAAUCUGAGUCUGUUUUGGUACAAUUUAGUGUUAAGGACCCGCCUAGUGAGCUGUAUUUUGGAUUCAUGAGAUAUAGGGUAAGAGAGUUUGUGCCAAAACCUAUGAGAUGUUUCAAAUGCCAGAAAUUUGGCCAUGUGGCAAAGUUCUGUAGAGGGGACAAACGGUGUGCAAAAUGUGGAGGAAACCAUGAUUAUGGGGAGUGUGGAGAGGGAGUAAGGCCAAGAUGCUGUAAUUGUGGGGGAGCCCAUAGUGCAGCGUAUUGGGGCUGUGAAGUAAUGAGGAAGGAGGCUGAGGUGCAGAAUAUUAAAGUGAAGGAGAAAGUCUCACAUGCAGAAGCAGUUAAAAGGAUGGAAGUAACAGUGAUGGAUAAAGGAGGAAAUGGCCGUGGGGAAGUAGUGUCUGGAAAUGUGUGGAAUCAGAGACAAAAAACAUUCAGAGAGAAGGAGGAGAAGGCAUGGAGAAAGAAGAGGGAUCUCGUAAUCUUUAUUGCAGGGGUAAUCAAUGCUACAACAGAGGUUAAGUCUAAGACGGAAAGGAUCCAAAUUAUUGCAAAAGCAGCAAUCCAGCACUUGGAUAUGGUGGGAUUAAAGUGGGAGAUGAUACGGGAUGGGUUAAGUGCAGGGGCACUACCCAGCCAGGAAGGAUGUAGUGCAGGAUGUUCCUCCUGAUCAUGCUGUUACUACAGUGGAAUGCAAGAAGCCUGUUAGUGAAUGGCCAAGAUUUUAAACAGUUUAUUGAUAGCAGAAGGGUGAAACCUGAUGUAAUUUGUAUCCAGGAAACAUGGCUAAAACCUCAUUUGGAUUUUGUUUUGUUAAACUACAUUUGUGUUAGACGAGAUAGAGAUCAGGGGAAUGGAGGGGGGUGUGCUACUUUUGUAAAGAGGGGAGUGCCAUAUAGAGUGGUGGGUACAGGGGAGGGACAAGAGUAUAUAGUAGUGGAAAUAUGGGCAGACAGAAAGAAGGUGGUGGUAAUAAAUUAUUAUAAUCCGUGUAAAGAGCUGAGAUUAGAUGACCUGGAGAAAGUAGAAGGCCAAGAUGCAGACAAUGUUAUAUGGUGCGGGGAUUUUAAUGCACACAGCACAUUAUGGGGAGGAGAGAAGACAGAUAAUAAUGGGCAGGUAAUGGAAGAGAUGCUGAAUGAUAGGAAUUUAGUGUGUGUGAAUGAUGGGAGAAAGACGAGGAUAGAUGUAAGAACUGGAAAAGAGUCGGUGUUAGAUCUUACAUUGGUGUCCAGUAGAUUGGCGCCAAGGUGUGAAUGGGAGGUAUAUGGAAGAGGGACUAUAGGGAGUGAUCACUAUCCUGUUAUGUGUAAAAUGGGUAUUGAGGUGGUUUUGCAAAUGGAGAAUGGUUGUGGAGGAUGGAUUUUUAAGAAAGCAAAUUGGGAAAUAUUUAGGAGACUGAGUGAUGAGCAUCUCAGGGAAAUCCAAGAAGGAAAUGAUAUUGAUGAAUAUGAAGUGAAAGUACGACAGAGUAUAUGCAUGGCUGCAGAGGUUGCAAUACCUAAAAGUUCAGGAAAAAAUAAGAGGAAGGCGGUUCCAUGGUGGAAUGACAAAUGUAAAAAGGCAGUCAAAAACAGAAAUAGAGCCUUUAGGAUACUAAAGAGGACCCAUAACUUUCAACAAUUGGUUGAGUACAAGAAGCUGCAAGCAGUAGCUAGAAGAACUAUAAGGCAAGCAAAAAGAACAUACUGGAGGGACUACUGCAGCUCCAUAGGGAAUACAACCACUAUAACUGAAGUAUGGGGAAUGAUAAGGAAAAUGGAAGGAAAUAGAAGAGAAUGGAGUUACCCAAUCCUGUCAGAUGGGGAACAGGUGGCCAUAUCAAAUGAGGAGAAGGCAGAAAUGAUGGUGAACACGCUGAGUAGAAUACACAGUUUCGAUAAUUUAUCAGAAGAGGAGAAAAGAAGUAGAGAAGAAACCAAAAGGGCACAUGCAGAAGCAAUCCAGAAGAAAGGAAGGAUAAAUGAUAAAUAUAAUGUAUCAUUUACAAUGAGGGAGCUAAAGAGUGCACUGGCUAAUUGUAGGAAUUCAGCCCCAGGGAAAGACAGUGUCUGCUAUGUUAUGUUGAGACACUUAAGUGACGAAGGAUUGGAGAAACUUUUGAGGCUGUAUAAUAAAGUCUGGGAAGAAGGAGUAAUUCCCUUAGGGUGGAAGGAGGCAGUUAUUAUUCCCAUUAGGAAACCGGGGAAGGAUGCAAGCAAGCCAGGAAACUACAGACCAAUAGCUCUAACAUCGCAUAUGGGAAAACUAAUGGAAAGGUUGGUUAAUGGAAGGGUGAUGCAUUUUAUAGAAGAGAGAGGACUGAUGGUUAAUUGUCAGAGUGGUUUUAGGAAAGGGAGAAGUACGACGGACUCAAUAAUAUGCUUAGAGGAUGAAAUAAGGAAAGCUCAAAUGGGAAAGGAAACGGUGGUGGCAGUUUUUCUGGAUGUGGAAAAAGCGUAUGAUAUGUUAUGGGUGGAGGGUCUCUUAAUUAAACUACACAUGCUAGGAGUGGGAGGAAGUAUGUUUAACUGGAUAAUGAACUUUCUGAACAAUAGAAGUAUCCAAGUUAAAAUAGGCCGGGACAUAUCUAGAAGAUGUGUGGUGGAGAAUGGGACCCCCCAGGGGAGCGUGAUAAGCCCGCUGCUAUUUAACAUAAUGAUAAAUGACGUUUUUCUGAAUGUCCAGCCGGGGAUUGGCAGGUCGUUAUUUGCCGACGAUGGGAGUUUAUGGAAGAGGGGAAAGAAUGUGACAUUUAUAGUGAGGAAAAUGCAGGAAGCUGUGGCACAAGUGGAGGAGUGGGGAAGGAAGUGGGGCUUCAGAUUCUCUGUGGAGAAAACAAAAGCUAUGUUCUUCACUAGAAAGAAAAUUGAUGAGAAUGUGAAGCUGUUGCUGUAUGGUAAUAGCUUGGAGAGGGUUAAGAGCUUUAAAUUUCUGGGUGUGUUUUUUUGACACGAGGCUCACAUGGAGGGACCAUACACGCAAAGUCAUAGACAAGUGCAAAAAAGUGCUGAAUAUGAUGAGGUGCUUAGCUGGAUUAGAGUGGGGAGCAGAUAAAGCAUCACUAAGACAGAUCUAUGUGUACCUGAUAAGAUCAAGGAUGGAGUAUGGAAGCUUGGUGUAUGGGUCUGCCUCCAAGUCUGUGCUGGCUGGGCUGGAUGUAAUCCAAGCUAAAGCGCUGAGGAUAUGCACAGGAGCAAUAAAAUCAUCUCCGGUGUGCUCCUUGCAAGUUGAGAUGGGGGAAAUGCCUUUGUACCUGCGGAGAAAACAACUUCAGGCUAAUUACUGGGUGAACCUGAUGGGUCAAAGGGAAGAUCAUCCGGUCAGAGUGGCUAUGCAGGCAACAUGGGAGAGAGGAAUGAGGGGGGGGUCUAGUUUUGGAUGGACGGGGGAGAGGGUGGCUCGGGAAGUUUUAAUUCAUGAUAAAGAGUUCUGUCCUGUGGUGUUGUGGCCUGUGGUACCUGUAUGGGAGCUUCAGGUCCCAAUGACUGACCUGAGACUACUGGAAAUGAGAGAACAGAAUAAGGGAGCAGAAUUGGUCAGUGAGUUUCACUGUCAUGUAGCCGAGAGGUACAAUAGUCAUGUAUUGGUUUUCACAGAUGGGUCUAAAAACCAAGAGACAGGUACUACGGGUGCAGCCUUUACCGUGCUCAGGCAGAAUGUUGACUCUUAUGUGAGAACUUCUGAUUUUUUAAAUGUACAUACUGUUGAGUUGUAUGCAAUUUUAAUGGCAGUGAGAUGGGCAGAACAGCUGAUGAACUGUGGAGUGCUGAUUUGUUGUGACUCCGUGUCUGCGGUGGAGAGUGUUGGGAUGGGGAUGUCCAAGGGGCGGAACGACCUGGUAUAUGAGAUACUGAUGGCAAACCAGAUGGUGAGAAGGAGGGGUGUUGAAGUGGUGCUGAUGUGGGUUCCAGCACACUCAGGCAUUCGGGGCAAUGAAGAAGCAGACGUGUUGGCUAAGAGAGCAGUGGAAAAGGAGAGGGUGGAUGCCAACUUAAGCCUGUCUAAGGGUGAAGGGAAGAGCAUAGUGUGGAAACAAAUCAUCGUGGAGUGGCAGAAGGAGUGGGAGGAAGGAAAUAAAGGAAGGCAUUUGUUUUCAGUAAUGGGGAAAGUGACAGAUUCAGUGAACACCGGAGGAAGAGGGAGGAGAAAGGAAGAGGUCAUUUUCUCCAGGUUAAGGAUUGGGCAUACUGCUCUUAAUAGCACGCUGCACGUCAUGGGAAAACAUCAAAAUGGACUAUGCUCCGAGUGUCAAGCACCUGAGACAGUACAACAUGUGCUUAUUUGCUGCAGGAGAUACCACAGGGAAAGAGCUGAGCUAGUGGCAGAGCUGCAAGAAGUGGGUGUGAAAGAAGUUACAGUUAGAAGUAUUUUGGAAGGGGGAUCAAGUGGAAGAGGGAGGCGGAGUUUGUUUAAAUUUUUAAAUAAUACUGGUCUGAUGAGGAGAAUAUGAGUUCCUGAAAGAUCCAGAAGAUGGCAGCAAUGCAACUAACUGGAUGCAAGCUGCCGUUAAACCCCAAAGAAGAAGAAGAAGAAGAAGAAGAAACAUCAGGAAACAAGCCAAGAUGUCGCUGCUGUCAAAGUCGUUGUUUCUGUCACGUAAAACAUUAGUCUCGCUUGUGCGGCGGCACUCGUCUCUGACAGCUGAGCUGAUUAACAACAUGGACAAGAAAGCAACCUGGGACCGCUUCUAUGCCGAGAGCCCCAGGACACCCAGCUUCAAGAACUUUGAGUGGUUUUUCGGUUUUGACUCUGUGCGAGGCUUCAUCAUGCCCCUCCUGCAGACAGCGUCCCACCCAGAUUCCCAGCUCCAAGUCCUGGAUAUAGGCUGCGGCACAUCCGCUUUAGGCCCCUCCAUUUACAGACACUCGGAUCUCCCGGUCUGUGUCACUUGUGCCGACAUUUCCCCCAUCGCUGUGCAACUAAUGCAAGAACACGUACAGGUCAAAGCCCUUCCUCCUCAAAAUCCAUCGUCUCGGCUCCAGUUUAUCGAGAUGGACUGCACGCAGCUCGACAAGCACUAUUUACCUCACAGUCUGGACCUUAUAGUUGACAAAGGCACGACGGAUGCCUUGUUGAGGUCCAAGGAGGGGCAGGAGAAGGCUGCCUUGAUGCUGAAGCAGUGUUUGGGAGUUUUGCGGCGUUCAGGAUCCCUGCUCCAGUUUUCAGACGAGGAUCCUGAUUCCAGGCUUCUGUGGCUGGAGACUCUGGCACGACAUCAGGGGGUGAUGCUGGCAGAUGUUGGAGUCCAGGAGAUUGGGGAGCUAAGAGGAGUGUGUUAUUACUGCUACCAGGUUGCUCCUCACCCUGAUGUGUAGCAGCAACUUUCUACCUCUACGCUUAUGUAAAUAAAUUGUUUAACAGAA